UCAUCUCCGUGCGCCUCCAAAAUACACGUGGAGUUCCAGCGGCGAAGCACGCCACGGUGAUAAGUGUCCAAAUACUGCUGGAUAACCGUUAAAAACAGAAAUCAUGGGUAAAAAACUUAAAGUGGGAAAAACCCGAAAGGAUAAAUUCUACCAUCUGGCAAAAGAAACCGGUUAUCGGUCCAGAUCAUCGUUCAAGCUCAUUCAACUCAAUCGUAAAUUCCAGUUUCUUCAGAAAGCUCGAGCUGUAGUGGAUCUGUGUGCAGCACCUGGUGGAUGGUUGCAGGUGGCAUCCAAGUUCAUGCCUGUAUCCAGUCUUAUUAUUGGUGUGGAUCUGGUCCCAAUCAGACCCAUCCCAAAUGUUGUCACAUUACAGGAGGACAUCACAACUGAUAAAUGCAGACAGGCUAUCAGAAAAGAGCUGCAGACAUGGAAAGUGGACGUUGUUCUUAAUGAUGGUGCCCCCAACGUCGGGGCCAACUGGCAGCAUGACGCCUUUACUCAAGCUCAUCUUACCCUAAUGGCGCUCAAGCUGGCAUGCGAGUUUCUCACGAAGGGUGGGACGUUUGUCACAAAGGUUUUCCGCUCUAAAGACUAUCAGCCUCUCAUCUGGAUCUUCCAGCAGUUCUUUAAGAAGGUGCAGGCCACCAAACCACAGGCCUCCCGAAACGAAUCAGCUGAGAUCUUUGUCGUCUGUAUAGGUUUUUUGGCCCCGGAUAAAAUUGACAACAAGUUCUUUGACCCGAAGCAUGCUUUUAAAGAGGUCGACGUUCAAGUGAAAACUGUUAAAGAGCUGAUAACUACAAAAAAGCCCAAAGCGGAAGGCUACAGUGAUGGUGACCUCACUCUCUAUCACACUUUCUCAGUAACUGAAUUCUUAAGAGCCGAAAACCCGGUCGAUUUCUUGAGCAAAGCCAGCGAAAUAACCUUUGAUAACCCAGAGCUAGAAUCCCACUCCGCUACUUUCUCAGAAAUCAAAGAAUGUUGUCGCGACAUUAAGGUCUUGGGACGAAAGGAAUUGCGUUUGUUGCUAUCAUGGAGGUCCAAGCUUAGGAGGUUCAUGGCUAGAAAACUGAAGGUGGAAGUCAGACAUCCAGACCAGGAAAUCCGCCUUAGCUCAGGCGAAGAGAGCGAAACCGACGUAAAGGAAAGCAAGAAAAAAGAAGUGGAAAAAAAACCAGAGGACGACAAAGCAGAAGACGACGAUGAAGAUGAUGAAGAGGAAAUGGAGAAGAAGUUGGCGGAACUGAAGGCCGAAGAGAUCGCAGAGCUUAAACGGAAAAAGAAGAAGCUUCUAAAGGAAAGGAGGAAGCAGAGAGAGAGGGUGGAGCUGAAGAUGGACCUUCCUGGAGUCUCCAUCGCCGACGAUCACGAUACAUCCAUGUUUUCGCUCAGCACCAUCAAGAAAGCCCAGUCACUCCGUGAAAUCACUAUGGGUGAUAUGAAAGGAGCGAACGCUCUGGAAGAGGACGAGGAAGAUUUGUACUUCUCUGAAUCUGAAGACGAGCGCAUGUCUCUGGCCUCUGACCUUGACUCGGACGACCUCGAAGAAAUCGAGAAGAAGGAGAAAGAAAUCGAAAAAAAGACUCCCAAGAAAAAAAGAGUUUCGUUCGCCAACGAGGAGCAGGACGAGGGGGAAGCGAGCGGGAACAAAUUACUCGUUGAACUCGAAGGAAAAGAUGAAAAGAAAGAACGAGAGACCAAUAUGUGGUUCAGCAAGGGCAUCUUCACGGAACUGGAUUUGGACGAUGACAAAGACGCUAUCAAGGAACUCAAGCAAACCCAACUACUGCAAAAUAAUCAGCCUGCAACGUCAGGAAAAGGCAGAAAGAGGAAAGCUGAAGAGGCGGAGCCUGCCAAACAGGAAGAUGAAGUAGCCACGCCCACACAGGAAACAAAGAAGGGGGAAGAUGAAGACAACAGUGACAGUGAUUCUGACGAUGACAGCAGUGAUAAUGACGAUGAGAGUGAUAUUGCUCGGAUGAAAAAAGCUGCCACGGCUGCCGGCGCGGUGGUGGCAGGCGACGAUGACGCCUUUCAAGUGGUUCCGGUUGAAAGCAUAAAUAAACGGGCUCGAAUUCUGGACGCAGAGGGUCUGGCGCUCGGUGCACAAAUCGCCACUUCUAAAAAGAGAAUGCGAGACCUAAUCAACGGCUCCUUCCACAGGUUUGCUAACUCUGAGGACAUGACCGAAGUCCCUGCUUGGUUUGUUGACGAUGAAAAGAAGCACCGGAAAGUUCCGCUUCCUAUCACCAAAGAGAUGGUGGAGGAAUACAAGCAAAAAUGGCGGGAAAUCAACGCCCGUCCAAUCAAAAGAGUGGCAGAGGCCAAAGCUCGCAAGAAGAGAAGGAUGCUGAAGAAGAUGGAUCAAGCUAAGAAAAAGGCUGAAGCUGUUGUGAACACUGUGGAUAUUUCGGAGCGAGAGAAAAUGGCGCAGCUCAAGGGUAUCUACAAAAAGGCUGGUGUUGGUAAAGAGAAGAGAGAGGUCACGUAUGUGGUGUCCAAGAAGGGCGCCGGACGCAAAGUGCGCCGCCCAGCUGGGGUUAAGGGUGCUUUCCGUGUGGUGGAUGGACGAAUGAAGAAAGACACGAGGGGCAUGAAGAAGGAUCAGAGAGAGCGAGGCAAAGGGGGGAGGGGCAAGAAAGGAGGGCAGGGAAUGAAAGGAGGGCGGGGCAUGAAAGGAGGGCGGGGGAUGAAAGCAGGAAAAGGACGUCCGAAUAAGAAGUGAUUGACCACUUCCUACCAUGCCACGGGCUUUUGAUUUCACUCGGCACUCAAACUGCUUUCAUUUAGCCGAGUUCAAGGCUAGCUGUGUCACAGUGACCGGGCUGUAGUGUAUUUUAUCUAGUACUCUACGCUGGUCUGAUGUUUUGGUCUAUCGAAAGGCAACUUUGUAAUUACCAACAGCAUGUUAUUCAGCUCGGACUUUGAUAUACUUGAUUACGACAAGAGUCUGAACCCUUAGACCAAUCAGAUCCGCUUCAGAUUUUUGACGUUUCUCAGCAGUGUUAUUAUGCUGUAUGUUUUCAUGUCGAAUGUCCUUAAUUUUGGAGGACCUUCAGGUGUAUACGUUAAACUCUUGAGUUGUAUGGGUUAAUUGUGCUUGAAAUAUUAUCAAAAUAUAAUUAUGCUUGUAUUAUUGUUGGAAAAAGUACAAAUUUAAAUAACCGCUGUUAACUGAAAUUAAAAUACUUUUAGAAACACCACCAAAAAUUGUCCAUUUUAUA